AUGAGCUUACUCUACAGCGACAGCGGUUGCGGGGCGCGGGACGCGGAGGGCGGCUGCUGUGCAGCCAUGGCCAGUGCCUGCAGCACGGGGGCCAAGGAGGACAGCGUCAGCACUGGGGCUCCAAACCCUCCAGGCUCUUUCACAGAGGAAACCCAAGGCUACGACGUGGAGUUUGAUCCCCCCUUGGAAAGCAAAUACGAGUGUCCCAUCUGCCUGAUGGCUCUCCGGGAGGCGGUGCAGACGCCCUGUGGACACCGGUUCUGCAAAGGCUGCAUUGUCAAGUCAAUCAGAGAUGCAGGCCACAAAUGUCCAGUAGACAACGAAAUCCUGCUGGAAAAUCAACUUUUUCCUGACAACUUUGCUAAAAGGGAAAUCCUUUCAUUAACAGUGAAGUGUCCCAACAAGGGCUGCAGCAUGAAGAUGGAGCUGAGGCACUUAGAGGAGCACCAGUCUCAGUGUGAUUUCUCCACUGUGGAAUGCCCCCAGUGCCAAGGAGCCUUCCAGAAGAACCAUCUGAAAGAGCACAUGACACAGGAGUGUCCAAGGCGUCAAGUCUGCUGUCCAAACUGUGCCACGUCCAUGGCCUAUGAAGAUAAAGAGCUUCAUGACCAAACCUGCCCCCUGGCCAAUGUCUUUUGUGAAUAUUGCAACACAGUGCUCAUCAGAGAGCAGAUGCCUAACCAUUAUGACAAUGAUUGUCCUACUGCCCCAGUGCCAUGUUUUUACAGUGCCUUUGGGUGUCCUGAAAAGAUGCAGAGGAACGAACUGGCGCGACACAUGCAGGAGUUCACCCAGGUCCACAUGAGAAUGAUGGCUCAGAGCUUCCAAAACAUCAGUGUCACGGCCACAAACCCCGUUCCCUUCAUCAACGGCCUCCCCUUCGAGCCUCCCCUCUUCUCCCACGUCUCCCACGCCGCCUACGACUGCAACCCAGAAGUGGAAAACUUCAAAGAGACCAUUCAGCAGCUGGAGGGUCGCCUGGUGAGGCAGGAUCACCAGAUCAGAGAACUGAUUGCUAAAAUGGAGACUCAGAACGCUCACGUGGCGGAGCUCAAACGGACCAUCCGCACCCUGGAGGGCAAGAUCACCGAGAUGGAGGCCCAGCAGUGCAACGGCAUCUACAUCUGGAAGAUCGAGAACUUCAGCGGGCUGCAGAAGGCCCAGGAGGAGGAGAGGCCUGUGGUGAUCCACAGCCCCGGCUUCUACACGGGCAAGCCAGGCUACAAGCUGUGCCUCCGCCUGCACAUCCAGCUGCCCAACGCCCAGCGCUGCGCCAACUUCAUCUCCCUCUUCGUCCACACCAUGCAGGGCGAGUACGACAGCCACCUGCCCUGGCCCUUCCAGGGCACCAUCCGCCUCUCCAUCCUCGACCAGUCGGAGGGCCCCGAGAGGCAGAACCACGAGGAGGUCAUGGAAGCCAAGCCGGAGUUACUCGCCUUCCAGAGACCCACCAUCCACCGCAACCCCAAAGGCUUUGGCUACGUGACUUUCAUGCACCUGGAGACCCUGAAACAAAGAACCUUUGUCAAGGAUGACACCCUGCUGGUGCGCUGCGAGGUCCUCACGCGCCUGGACCUCAACAGCCUCCGCAGAGAAGGGUUUCAGGCUCGCAGCACCGAUGGACCCGUGUAG